AUGAACAAGCUCUACAUCGGGAACCUAAACGAGAACGUGACCCCCGCCGACUUGGAGAAAGUCUUCAACGACCACAAGAUCUCCUUCAGCGGGCAGUUCCUGGUCAAGUCGGGCUAUGCCUUUGUGGACUGCCCCGACGAGCAGUGGGCCAUGAAAGCCAUCGAAACUUUCUCGGGGAAAGUGGAGCUUCAUGGAAAACAGCUCGAGAUUGAACAUUCGGUGCCUAAAAAGCAAAGGAGCCGGAAAAUUCAAAUCCGAAACAUCCCACCCCAGCUGCGAUGGGAGGUGCUGGAUGGUCUGCUGGCCCAGUACGGCACCGUGGAAAACUGCGAGCAAGUGAACACAGACAGCGAGACCGCCGUGGUCAACGUCACCUACGCCAACCGGGAGCAGACCAGGCAAGCCAUCAUGAAGCUGAACGGGCACCAACUGGAGAACCACGCGCUGAAGGUCUCCUACAUCCCUGACGAGCAGUCUGUGCAAGGGCCGGAGAACGGGCGGCGAGGCGGCUUUGGGGCGCGCGGUGCUCCCAGGCAGGGCUCCCCCGUCACCGCGGGAGCACCCAUCAAGCAGCAGCCAGUGGACAUCCCCCUCCGCCUCCUGGUGCCCACCCAGUACGUGGGUGCCAUCAUCGGCAAGGAAGGAGCCACCAUCAGGAACAUCACCAAGCAGACGCAGUCCAAGAUUGAUGUGCACCGGAAAGAAAAUGCAGGAGCUGCAGAAAAAGCCAUCAGCAUCCACUCCACCCCCGAGGGCUGCUCCGCUGCCUGCAAGAUGAUUUUGGAGAUCAUGCAGAAGGAGGCAAAGGACACCAAGACAGCUGAUGAAGUGCCUCUGAAAAUCUUGGCCCAUAAUAACUUUGUGGGACGCCUGAUCGGCAAAGAAGGGCGAAACUUGAAGAAAGUGGAGCAGGACACGGAGACAAAAAUCACCAUCUCAUCCUUGCAGGAUCUGACUCUCUACAACCCUGAGAGGACCAUCACGGUGAAGGGCUCCAUCGAGAACUGCUGCAAAGCAGAGCAGGAGAUCAUGAAGAAAGUGAGGGAAGCCUACGAGAACGACGUGGCUGCCAUGAGUUUGCAAUCUCACCUCAUCCCUGGCCUUAACCUGGCUGCGGUUGGCCUCUUCCCUGCCUCCUCCAACGCAGUGCCUCCUCCGCCGAGCAGCGUCUCCGGAGCGGCGCCGUACAGCUCCUUCAUGCCCCCGGAGCAGGAGACGGUGCACGUCUUCAUCCCCGCGCAGGCGGUUGGCGCCAUCAUCGGCAAGAAGGGCCAGCACAUCAAGCAGCUCUCCCGGUUCGCAAGUGCCUCUAUCAAGAUCGCUCCUCCGGAGACGCCGGACUCCAAAGUGCGCAUGGUGGUCAUCACGGGCCCUCCAGAAGCUCAGUUCAAGGCGCAAGGCAGGAUUUAUGGGAAACUGAAGGAGGAAAACUUCUUUGGGCCGAAGGAAGAAGUGAAGCUGGAGACGCACAUCCGGGUCCCCGCCUCGGCCGCGGGCAGGGUCAUCGGCAAAGGGGGAAAAACCGUCAAUGAGCUGCAGAACCUGACGGCGGCGGAGGUGGUGGUGCCGCGGGACCAGACCCCUGACGAGAACGAGCAGGUCAUUGUGAAGAUCAUCGGGCAUUUCUACGCCAGCCAGAUGGCUCAGCGCAAGAUCCGGGACAUCCUGGCUCAGGUGAAGCAGCAGCACCAGAAGGGACAGAGUGGGCAGAUGCAAGCGCGGAGGAAAUAAGAGCAGCACCGACACCAACGUGAAACGCGGAACAAGCCAAUGCCGGGCUUAAGAGUGGCUGGGAAUCAGUUACCGUAGAGAGAUGCUAAUUGUUUCAUUAACCGAGAUUAAAGGCAGUUUGAUUGGCUUCCAGGGUAGAUGGCUAGGGUAAACAAAAAAAUUGGAUCCGUUUUUAGCUCCACGUGCCAGGACAGCUACUUAAAUGAAGCGAGAGGUGCUGCAGCGCCAGGCCAGGCGGCCGCUCUGCCGGCGCGGUGCCGGGGACGAGGGUGAGGAGAAGCCACCGCGGCGCUGCGCCCCUCUGGCGGGUGCAGCAUUCGCCCCUCUCAUUUAAGUAGCCUCCGGAG